AUGGCCAACCACGGAGUCGCCGCUCUCCUGAUCGCGUCCCUUCUCGUGGUGGCGGUCACCCUCACCGACGCCAGGAUCACCGUGAACGUGCAGCGCGACAGCAUUAAAGGAAGUUAUGCGGCGAACAAGAAGGCGGUGCCGGCGCUGACGUGCAACAAGGUGAGCGCGGUGCAACAGGGCGAGACUUGCUCCUCACUCGCGGAGGACGCCGGGCUGACCCAGGAGGACUUCCUGGGCUUCAACCCCAACAUCAACUGCGUCAGGAUCUUCGUCGGCCAGUGGGUCUGCCUCGACCCAUCCUCUGCCUAA